AUGACUUUGAGCUCUGAUAUGUCGGAUGCAUCCAUUCUUUCGGAAGAAACUGACAUCGAUGUGGUCGGCGAGGGAGAGGAUGGAGACACCCAGACGCGGUCCUAUGCAGAUGAGGUGGCUCGGAUGCAUGACGAUAUUCUCUUGGCUAGCGCAUCCCGCAAUCCUUUCAAGCCAGCGGGAAAAAACACCUUAGUCAAGCCCCCUUACUCCUACAUUGCCUUAAUUACGAUGGCCAUCCUGCAAAGUCCAAAAAAGAGACUCACGCUGUGUGAGAUCUGCGAUUUUAUCAGCAAUCGUUUCCCUUAUUACAGGGAGAAGUUCCCGGCUUGGCAGAACUCCAUCAGGCACAACUUAUCCCUGAACGACUGCUUCGUCAAGAUACCGAGGGAGCCUGGGAACCCGGGUAAGGGCAACUACUGGACCUUAGAUCCAGAUUCUUCGGACAUGUUCGACAACGGCAGUUUCUUGAGGAGAAGGAAACGCUUCAAAAGGCAACCAACCGCUGACCUUUUGAGGGAUCCCGGCAGUUUUAUCCCGGCUGCUGCAUAUGGCUAUUCACCCUACGGCUGCGGAUAUGGAGUACAGCUGCAACCUUACCACACACAUUCAGCGCUCUUCUCCUUCCAGCAGCAGCAGCAGCAGCAGUCCCGGCAUUCGCACAGGGGAACCAUUAUCCCGGCAUCUUCUUUAAUGUCUACAACCACGGAUGUGGCGAGGAACCGCUUUUACCCUCAGCUCAGCCCUAACCUGCCAUCCUCUGUACAGACUGUUACAAAAUCGGGCGCCCCAGUUCAACGGUCCCCCUUCUCCAUAGACAGCAUCAUAGGGGGGUCCUUGAACCCCACUAGUAACUGUGCCUCACAGACUUCUGUUUUUCCAGUACCCCCCUCUGUUACUGCCCAGUCGUUACUGCUGCAGAGUUUACACCAAGGAACCGCUUUACACAAUGCCGAGAACUUUCCGAACGGGAUAUGCAACACUAGUGGCUGUUAA